AAGUUUAUGAGAAAUUAAGAGAAUGGAAAACAGUUCUUGAUAAAGGAACUAAAGAAUUGAAUGAUGAACAGCUUAAAAUUAAAGAUUCUUUUUUGAAAGCAGAUGAAAUUAUUUUUCACUGUCAAACUUCGCAACGGUAUUCAGAUGCAAAGAAUACAUCUCAAUUUGAAUCAGAUGAAACUACUUUUUCACAAUUUGGGAUCCCGCAACGUGAUCAGGAUGCUAUUUAUACAUCUCAAAUUAUUUUAAUAGAAUCUAAACUUUUGGACCGUGAAGUUCCAUCUUAA